AUGGGAACUUAUGGAUACUGUGCCCCUGAAUAUGCCAUGAGCGGUAAACUGACUCUGAAAUCAGACAUCUAUAGCUUUGGCGUGGUUCUGUUGGAACUGAUUACUGGAUGCAAGGUUAUUGACUGCACCAAAAAGCCAGGAGAGCAGAAUCUGAUUGUGUGGGAUAUUCUGCAACCUUCUUGUUUAAUCUUUAAUCUAUGGUACACUUCCUUAUCCAACUUCAAGGGUUCUGGUAUCACAAAAUUGAAAUGUCUUCUGCUUGGAGCCUUUCCAUUUGUGGAUAGAAGUCCCGCUGGUUUGAGAGUGAUGCAUUAG